AAGAAGUUACCCGGUUCCUCAUGGUUCGCCGCUAUCAAAAGAGCAUUCAUCAAUCGAAAGGAAGAACAACAAAAUCAAGAACAAAAGGUUCCAAAUUUAUUACUAUGUUUUUAUCUUGCAUUUUGUUUUUUAAUCAUUUCAUACCCAUUAUAGAAGAAAGACAAGAGAACAUGGUUGUUCCGAAAGCCAAUGAUCAAACCAGAGACAACCAUUGCUGAGGUUCUUGUUCGACAGCCUACAAGACAUGAACUUGCUGCCAUUACCAUUCAAACCAUAUUCAGAGGAUUUUUGGCAAGAAGAGCAUUGAAAGCUUUGAGAGGAUUGGUGAAAUUACAAGCUCUUGUUAGAGGUCAUAAUGUUAGAAAACAAGCUAAAACUACACUUAGAUGUAUGCAAGCCCUUGUUCGUGUUCAAUCUCAAAUGCUCAAUCGACGCGCGAUUAGAGAUGGAGAAUCGACAUUUAGCGAUGUAGCCAGUUGUAUUCAAGCAAGAGAUAGAAUUAGCAUAUGGUCUGAAGAAUGGGAAGAAAAACAUCGGCUAGUCGAGGAAGAGGUGGUAAAAGCUAUUUUACAUGACAACAAAAGACAAUUUCAAUUAUCCCCGGCCUCAUCUAAACAGAGCAAAAGGCAUCAAUCUUUAGGAAAUGAAGGUGAAAUAAGAGAUUUAAGCUCCCAUAGAUGGAUGAGAAGAGCAUCAACAGAUCAAAGAUUAAUCAAUCCACAAAGAUUUAGCUAUCCACACUCCAUAUCGUCUCCUCUCCAUGCCUCAUCGACGCCAUCAAGAACGAGGCCUCCACCUCAAGUCAUUCGUUCUUCGAGUCCUCGAUACUCGAGAGAAGAAAAACACUCACCAUUGCCUAACUACAUGGCGGCUACUGAGUCUGCAAAGGCUAAGGCUCGAUGGCAUAGUGCACCAAGGCAAAGACCGAUGACACCGGAAAGGGAACAUAGUGUGGAUGGAUCGGUUGCUAGGAAGCGAUUGACCUAUAAAAAGGGUUAUGAGAGUCCAAGCUUCAAGAGUGUUAGUGGGGUGGUGGAAGAAGGAUCAAAUUAUUCUUCAUGUUGUACUACUUAUGAGAGUCUAGUUGGUGGAAAUAGUUCUCCUUCGUUUAAGACUGAUUUGAUCAAGAAAUGGUAUGGAAGAGUAGCUUAUUAAGUUUAGGGUUCAUGGAGAUGAUAUUUUCUUCAUGCAAUGGUUGUUUUGUUUUUGGAUAAAACUAACUUGAAUUGUCAUUGGAGGACUGCAUGAUUGUUUUGUUUUUGGAUAAAACUAACUUGAAUUGUCAUUGGAGGACGUGAGAAUCCUUAAAAGUAGUAUGGUUUCAAUUGAUUAUAAGAA